AUGGCUGGUAUACAAUCAAAUUUUGAUUUUAUUUCAUCAUAUUGUGAACCAACAUUUAAUGUUGAAAAAUAUCAAUCGAAAAAAACAGGCAUGAAAUUAUAUCAUAUUAAUGUACCACUACCUUCAAUUAAACUUGAGAUAUGUGUACAAACAAAACCAUAUGAUGAUACAGGUUGUCCACAUACAUUAGAACAUUUAAUUUUUAUGGGUAGUCGUAAAUAUCCACAACAAGGUUAUCUUGAUUAUAUUUCUGCUCAACAUUAUUCAUUGGGUACAAAUGCAACAACUUAUCGUGAUAUGACAACAUAUGAAUUAACAACUGUUAAUCAUCAAUCAUUAGCUACACUUUUACCUGUUUAUCUUGAUCACGUAUUUAAUCCUUUAUUAACCCAUGAUUGUUAUUUAACUGAAGUACAUCAUAUAUCCGGUGAAACAGGUGAUGAUGCUGGUGUUGUCUAUAGUGAAAUGCAAUCAAGUGAAAAUCAACCUGAUGAAAUUCUUUUAUAUUCUAUAUUACGUGAUUUAUGGUCAGAUAAAUCACCAUAUUAUUAUGAAUCUGGUGGUCGUCUUGAAUCUAUACGAAAUGAAUUAACAUUAGAUAAAAUAAAAUUAUUUCAUCAAAAAUUUUAUGUACCAAAAAAUGUUGCAAUUGUUUUAUGUGGUGGUGGUAUAAAUAUAGAUGAAAUUUUACAAAUAUUAAAUAAUUUUGAACAAGAGAAUUGUUUUCAAAAUGAAAAUCGUCAUAAAAUAUCAUUUGAUUAUUCAUUAGAUGAAAAUCUUCGAAAAAAAAUUAAAUCUGAUAAUGAUAAAUUUCCUUUUAUAAAAAUAAAACGAGCAAGUCUUGAUGAACAAUCAAUUUCAUCCGAGAAAAAUAUUGAAAUAAAUCCAAUAUCAAUUGAUACAACAAAAUUAUCCGUACAAUUAACAACUGUUGAUGGAAAUGAUUCAUCAUUUUGUGAUUCAGAAUUAAUGGUUUCACAUGGAGAUUCAUCAGCUCCAUCAUCACCAUCAACAUUAUGGCAACCAAUUGAAGUAGAUAAUUCAAUACAUCAACGUAAUAUGAAUGAAUAUAAAGAAAUUUGUUAUCCAGUUGAAGAUAAUGAUGAAAAUUUAGGACAAGUAGCAUUUGGUUAUCGAUUAGAAUCAGUUUAUGAAAUGGAAAUUUAUACAGCACUUGAUGUUUUAUUAACAACAUUAUUUGAUGAGGAUAUUUCAAUUUUUUAUAAAGAAUUUAUUGAAGUACCAAAUAUGCUUUGUUCAUCAAUUGAUCAUGAUUGGUUAAAUUAUCCGGAAAGAGUUUUAACAAUUACAUUUGAAGGUGUUGAAGUUGAUAAUUUAACCAUGGUUGCAGAUAAAUAUUCAUCUGUACUUUAUUCAAUUAUUAAUAACCCACAAGAUAAUCAACAAUUAUAUAUUCAAUUACAACGAAAUAUUAAAAAGACAAUUGAUUUACAUUUAAAUGAAAUUGAAAAUGAACCAUUCAGUUUUCUUACAGAUUUAUGUUGUUUAGAUCAUAUAUCAGAAUUAUCUAUACCAAAAUUAAAUAAUAAUGAAAAUGAUGAUGAACAACAUUUACAUAAAUUUUUACGAAAUAAAAAAUAUUUAGAAAAUUUAUUCACUCAACCAAUUACAUAUUGGCAUGAACUUAUUAAAAAAUAUCUUUUAGAAUGGAAUUCAUCGAAAAGAACAAUUAUUCUUCUUAAACCAAGCAAUGAACUAUUAAUUGAACAGCAAGAACAAGAUGAACAACGAAUAUCUGAACGUCUUGAAUUUCUUGGUCCAAAUGGUCUUAAGAAAUUAAAAACUGAACUUGAUCAAGCACGUGCUAAUAAUAAACAAUCUUCAUCUAAUUGUGCUAAUAUUCCACAUACAUCCACUUCAUUUGAUAACCAAUUACAUCUACCACCAAUAGAAUAUUAUUCCAAUGAUAAUGAUAUUGAUUUAUUCCAUACUCCAACAAGUCAUUUUGUUAAAUAUACAUUACAUAUUCCAUUAAAAAAUCUCUCGCCAGAUCUUCAAUUAUAUCUUCCACUUUUUUCUCAUUUACUUUUUCAUACAUCUAUUCAAUAUGAAAAUAUUCACUUAGAUAAAUUUAAUUUUUGUGAACGUAUAUCUCGUGAUAUACUUGAUUGUAGUGUAACAAAUGGACAAUCAUCAUCAUCUCCUAUACAAUCAAGUUAUGUUUAUGGGCAUUAUAUUGAUACAUUUACAAUAUCAUUACAAUCAUUAAGUAAUUUAGAAACCUAUAAAAAUACAAUUGAUUAUUAUCGUUAUGCUCUUUUUGGAACUUUGUUUAAUGAUUAUAAUGUAAUUCUUGAAGAAUGUGAAAAACAAUUAAAGAAUCUCAUUGAAGCAAUUCAAGAUGGUCAUACAAUUCAUCAAGUAUAUUUUAAUUCUUUACUUUAUUCAACAAAUUCCAAUAGUUAUUAUCAUCAAAUGAAUAUAUUUUUACAAAAAAAUCUUUUUGAAAAAAUUUGUAAACAACCAGAGAAAUAUAAGAAGGAAAUUCUUUCAAAACUUGAAAAAAUUAAAUCAUUUAUUUUAAAAAAUUUAUCGCAUAUGCACUGGUCUAUAUGUGGAAAUAUGGAAUUAAUUAAAGGUAAUUGGCAAAUUAUGGAACAGUUUAUUAACGAAAGUAAAAUUAAAAGUCAAAUAGAUAUUGAAAAUUAUGAAAUUAAAGAAGUAAAAGGAAAACAUAUUCCAAUAUUAUCACCGGCGACAAUUAUGGGAAGUCCACAUGAAGAAUCCGGUUAUGUUAUACGUUGGACACGUCUUUCAAUAUCUCAACAAGAUUUCAUUCCACUAUUAAUCUUUUCAAAUUAUCUUGAUAUGGAAAAUGGUCCUUUAUGGACAGCAUGUCGUACAAAUGGUUAUGCUUAUGGUGUUGCAUUUGAUUUUGAUUUUGAAGCGAAUCUCAUUCUUCUUUCAAUAAAUCAAUGUUCUCAAUUAAAAUUAGCAUAUUCAAGUGCAAUGGAAACACUUAAACAUCUUGUUGAACAAAAAACAAAUUUAGAUGUACAACGAUUAAAUGCUGCACGAAAUUUAACUAUUUGUAUGCUUACUGAACAUUUAGCAACACUAGGUCGUGCAACAGGUGUUUGUAUUCGUUCAUAUCUUAAUACAUAUUCUAUUGAAAAAUAUCAAGAUUUAUUGAAAGAUAUCAAUGCAUAUAAAUGUAAUGAAACUGUAUUCUUAGAAAUUAUUGAAAAAUAUUUAUCACCAUUAGUUAAUCAUACUCAAUCAUCAACAUUAAUACUUGUUAAUACAAAUAAAAUGAAAGAAACACAGGAAUUUCUUCAUAAAGAACAUGAAAUUAAAAAUGUGAUAUUAAUCAAAGAUGUUGUGAAACAUUUGUGCCGUUAA